GGAUUUCCCGAUCUUUCCUGUCAUUGGUUAAUAUUUUAUUCUGUUGACAUGUUUUCUUUCUGCUAAUGCUUCCGACACCUUCUCGCCCCCCUCCUCCUUCUCUCCUAGACUCUGGCCGGAGCUGUCAGAACCACGCCUAUAGGGGCCCACAAUUGGUCCAGAAAGCGUAAAAUCAGCAAUCAAAGGGGCUUGGUUCAUUAGUGUCGAGGAUGGAGGCAGGAAGGACAUGUGAGAUAGUAACAGAUCUGCAGUGAACGGGGCCACAUCUCUCCAGUCAGGGGUGGGAUGACUGAGGCAGAGAAACAGCUUAUUUCUCUGAGAGGCGAAGAGCGCAGCGGGGCUUUGCCGUCACAGCGCGGCGUCCACUGACCAACUCAGCGGAGCGACCACGGGAAAGCACAUCAGCAGCAACUCCGGGGCUAUUUUUAUUUUUUUCUUCACCCUGAUCACACGUUGCGCGUUUGACAAGACGCCGCUCUCAGAAAAAUUAACUGAUCGCGAAGCGCGGAGCUAUACACUGGUUCCGGUGUCGGGGGGGGAAGAGGGAAGAUACCACUGAAAAUAUCCAUUGUUUUCACUUCGGUUUUUGUGGAUGCACCGAUGAGAGAUCCAGUUUUUACAGGGACUGCAAUGGCUUAUCACCCUUUCCACGCACAUCGGCCGACCGACUUCCCCAUGUCUGCGUUCCUGGCGGCCGCGCAGCCUUCCUUCUUCCCGGCUCUCAGCCUUCCUCCCGGAGCGCUCACCAAGCCCAUCCCGGACCACGGCCUGGCCGGGGCGGCCGAGGCUGGGCUCCACCCGGCCCUCAGCCACCAUCAGGCGGCCCACCUCCGCAGCAUGAAGAGCCUGGAGCCCGAGGAGGAAGUGGACGACGACCCGAAAGUAACACUGGAAGCCAAGGAUCUUUGGGACCAGUUUCACAAACUCGGAACGGAGAUGGUUAUUACCAAAUCCGGAAGGAGGAUGUUUCCUCCGUUCAAAGUGAGAAUUAACGGGCUCGAUAAAAAAGCAAAAUACAUCCUGCUGAUGGACAUAGUGGCGGCUGACGACUGCCGCUACAAGUUCCACAACUCCCGCUGGAUGGUGGCCGGAAAGGCCGACCCGGAGAUGCCCAAGAGGAUGUACAUUCACCCGGACAGUCCGGCCACUGGAGAGCAGUGGAUGGCCAAGCCUGUUGCUUUCCAUAAACUCAAACUGACCAACAACAUCUCGGACAAACACGGAUUUACCAUCCUGAACUCCAUGCACAAGUACCAGCCCAGGUUCCACAUAGUGCGGGCCAACGACAUCCUGAAGCUCCCCUACAGCACCUUCAGGACCUACGUCUUUCCGGAGACGGAGUUUGUGGCUGUGACCGCGUAUCAGAACGACAAGAUAACCCAGCUCAAGAUCGACAACAAUCCUUUUGCCAAAGGAUUCAGAGACACGGGGAACGGAAGGCGAGAGAAAAGGAAGCAGCUGACCAUGCCGUCUCUGCGGAUGUACGAGGACCAGUGCAAGGCGGACAGAGAGGGCGCAGACUCGGACGCAUCGUCCAGUGAGCCUCCGGCCAGCAGGGACGCCGUCCACUCCCCGCUGGGGGCCGGUACCAGCCCGCUCAGGUUCAACCGGACCAGUCGGGAUGAGAAAACAUGCACAGACAGUGAGCAGGAACUGGAGCAACACGAUGAGCGCUGCACAGGCUCCAACAGCCCAGGGACUGAGCCGGUGUCCCCCUACAGCUCCAGGUGCGAGGAGCGCGUGAGGGAAAGGCCAACCGGCGAGAAGAAAGACGACUCUAUAUUCAGCAUAAGGAACCUUGAGAAGGACAAAGCGGAGAGCAGGCACAGGAAGGACACCACGGAUGCGUUGACAAAGGAUUCAGAUGCUGGAGGCAUCAGUGCCAGCAAGGACACCUUCUCCCCUUUAGUGGUCCAGACCGAGAGCCCCUCACACUUCAGCCCUAGCCACUUGCAAAGCCUGGCUCUGUCUGGCCUUCACAGCCAGCAGUUCUUCAACCCCCUGAACACCGGAUCGCCGCUGUUGUUUCACCCUGGGCAGUUUGCAAUGGCCCCCGGAGCUUUUUCUGCGAUGGGCAUGGGGCAUCUAUUGGCCUCUGUAUCCGGAGCAAGUGGUUUGGAAAAUGGCAGUCUUUCUGCCCAAGGCACAGGAGGAACUCCUAAUCCAUUUCCUUUUCAUCUUUCUCAGCACAUGCUCGCUUCUCAGGGCAUCCCAAUGCCUCCAUUCGGAGGGCUUUUCCCGUACCCCUACACCUACAUGGCGGCAGCAGCAGCAGCAGCCUCAGCAUCGGCCCUACCGGCGACCAGCACCUCGAGCCCCCUUUCCAGGAACCCCUUCCUGACCUCGUCCCGGCCCCGCCUCCGCUUCAACCCCUACCAGCUCCCCGUGUCGCUGCCCCAGAGCUCCAGCCUCCUGACCACUAGCCUGCCCGGCGGCCUCAGCCUGGGCUCAGAGUCUUCCAAACCGGGCAGCAGGGAGACCAGUCCGGCCCCAGAACACCACAGCAAUCACAAGACAGGAGGGUCAAGCGGAAGGGCCGCUUCUCCCAAAAACUCCAUAAAGGACUCUGUAAACGAGCUGCAGAGCAUCCAGAGACUGGUGAGCGGCCUGGAGGGCCAAAGGGAACCUUCCCCUAACGCAGACUCUCCCAAAUGAUUAAGACUUUUUAUUUGUGUUUGGGGUGAAGACCUAUCUUGAAAAGAUUACCAGAGGACUUAUGUUGCAUAAGUCCUGUAUAGCACAUCACAGAGACUGAGAUGAGGGGUUUGACAAAAAAAAUGGUUGAUGAAGGCAGAUAUUUUUUUGAACAAAGUUACAGGUAGAAAAAAAAUAUAAUCUGUGUAAUUAUAUUUAACCAUUAAAAAAAAUAAGAAAAAUCACAAAUACUGAAGGCUUUCUUCAGAGCCGAUCUAUUUAACUGUGGAAAGCUUAGAUAGUUUUCCCACUAUCAUUAGACACAAAUCCCUCCCUAAAUCCAAUGUGUGUUUAGAGGCAGCAGAUGUUGAAAGCACCAGGUACUCUGAAAUGAUUCUCUACAUGGAUUAAAUUAAUUUCCCAAUGGAAAAUGUACAAGUAAAGAAGUCAAAUGUGCAGAAAACAACAAAAAAAAAACUAUGGAAACAAUGUAAGACGUUCUAAACAAGUGGUGACAUGAUCUGGUUAAAAAUAAUAGUGUUCAUUAAAGACAUUUACAGUGGGGAUGCUAUCAUAAGUUAGUUCAGUGGAUAAAACUUUGCAGAGGGCCACGUAUUGGCCACACUAACCUGUGUGAGCCCGCAGCUCCACGCUGAGCGCGGCACACUGCUGAAAAUGAGCGCUGACUCUGGUUCACUUGAAGAAUCGAGCAUCCCAGUCUGUUUUUUAAACAGAGCCGAGCCUCGAACAGGAGCCUCCUCACGCCGACAAGGCAGGUCUAAUUAUUCAAGAGAUAGAAGGUGAACGUUCCGUCUGUGGAAGGAAGGAAAAAGACAGAAAGAACUGCUUUAUCAUUUCAUGCCAGAAAUAUUCUCUCUGAACUAUUUAUGUAAUUAAAAAAAAAAUUCUGUAAAUAAAGCUAAGAUCCAAGAAUAUGCAAUCGGUAUUAAUUUAUUCAAUGCUGUAUAUUUGCGUGUAUAUAUUUCGAAUUGAACUUUUUCUCCCUCCUUACUCCCUCAUACCCCCUGUUUUACAUGAGCAUAUACUGUAAACUGAAGCUAUUUAGCGCUUGUUGGUUUGAAAAAAACUGUAUGACGCAUCGCAGAUUUUUUUUUGUUUUUUUUUGUUUUUGUUAAGGAGACGUGUGUGCCAUGUUUUAGUCCACAUCAACUAACACAGAGAAACAGAGAUGAGCUCCACUUGGAUUAAAAAAACACCUCAGGUUAUUUCACUCCAGUCUGGAGAUGUUCUAAGCAAUUCCUCCUAGGGCGCAUCAUUCAUAUCUACUCAUAAUUAUAGCCUAUUUAAAGAUGGACGUAUCUUGUUUAUGCUGGUUGUCCGGGUAUUUUUUCUAAAUUUUGUUUCUUUUCUUUUGUGCUUUUUUAAAAAACAAUGUUUGUUUUGUUUUGAUUGUCUCACAAUUUCAAUAAAAAAUCGUUGUG